AUGUCGAGGAAUUUGUCAUGGAGAAGUACUGCCCGUCCACCUGGCAUGAAAGGAAGUCAGAUUAUCGGGUUUACCUACGGCAUAGACUACUGGGGUCUCUCAAUGCUAGGUUCCCUUGGUGACAAGGAGCACUCUGCAGUGUUAGGUAAAGAAAAAGCAAAUUCAACUCUCAUGUGCAGCACCAUGAUCCUUAGCGGAGCAUCAAUCAUCAAACGCGAAAUAGUGCGCAACCUACUAUCAGCACACCAAAUCCAGCCAUGCGGCGUCGACAUCUCUUUUCGUCGGGUUCUUAACUGGACCUCUCCAGCAACAGUUGAUUUCGACAACUCGCGUCGACAAGCAGCAAACACAUUCGAGAUCCCCUUCCAUCUCGAGAAAGGGGCCGUUGCGCUAGCUCAAGGGUCGUACUUGGUUGAGUUCAAUGAAACAGUGCGCAUCCCUCCUGAUUACAUUGCCCAGAUAUUUGUGAGGUCGUCUCUAUGGCGGUCUGGUGUGUUGCUUACAGCUGGGGUUAUUGAUGCUGGGUAUAAGGGCGCUUUGGGAGCUCUUCUUGAUGUGAGAAAUCCACAUGGUAUUGCUCUCUAUAAGAAUGCCAAGCUUGGACAGGUCACAGUUCAUACACUAGAUAAGAAGGUUGAAGGAUACAGUGACAUAUAUCAGUUUUCGCCGAGCACUUUGGGGCGAGAUGGACAGGUCAAGGACCGAGUUGGAGGUUUGGGAAGAGCAUAA